AUGCCUGAUUACUCUAAACCUUUUGUGGUGGAAACUGAUGCAAGUGGUAAGGGAAUUGGUGAUGUGCUAAUGCAGCAAAGCCACCCUAUAGCCUAUAUUAGCAGAUCAUUGGCUCCUAGACACCAAGCCAUGUCUGUCUAUGAUAAGGAACUAAUGGCUUUUAUAUUUGAUGUCACUAAAUGGUCCCACUAUUUGAUAGGAAGGGCCUUCAUUGUCAAGACUGAUCAAAAAGCUUUGAAGCAUUUGUUGGAACAAAACCUCCACACUGACUUUCAGGUGGCUGGUAUUUCCAAACUAAUGGCUUUCGACUUUUCAAUUGAAUAUAAGAAGGGUAUAGACAAUAAAGUUGCUGAUGCCUUAUCUAGGAAGCCUGAUGCUGAGUUAUUAGCUAUCUCCUUAUUGACACUUAAUGAUUUUCUAUAUGAGCAGAUCAAGGGAACUUGUUUACAUACUAGGCUCGUCAAGGAAAUUAGGACCGCGGUUAAAGAAGUGGGAGGGGUAACAAUUUUAGCUCUUGAAAAAAUGCCUCUUGUUAAGUCUGUGAUUUAUGAAACCUUAAGAAUGGACCCUCCAGUUCCGUUCCAAACUGUUAAGGCUAGGAAAAAUAUAAUUAUUUCUAAUCACUAUGCAUCGUUCUUGAUCAAUAAAGAUGAAGUGAUUUUUGGAUAUCAAACAUUGGCUAUGAAGGACUGCCAUGUUUUUAAGAACACAAAGGAGUUUAAUCCAAAUAGAUUUAUAGGGGAUGGAGAGAAAUUGCUUAAGUAUGUAUACUGGUCAAAUGGUAAAGAGAUCGAUAAUCCAACUAUGAACAAUAAACAAUGUCCUAGUAAAGAUUUGAUAGUGUUAUUAGGAAGGCUAUUGGUGGUGGAGUUUUUCAUGCAUUAUGAUACUUUUGAAAUUGAAUUUGGAAAACUCUUGCUUGGUUCAAAGGUGACUUUUUAA